AUGGCUAGACGCUGCUGCGUCACUACUGCAUCUCUCUGGGUGCAGGGCCUCUGUGGUGCUCCUGAUGCGCCCCAUGCCGCCGACGUGUCGCUGUCAAGCACAGGAGGCAGCGGCGUGGGGUCUCUAAAAGCGCCCCCUGUGGACAACUCCCAUGUUGGAAAGGGAGAACUUUUGGCGCGGCAGUGGAGCCAGGAAGCGGUGCGGCUGACGUUCCGCUGCCGUCUGACGGAGAACACGGAGGUGGGCUGGGAGACGGUUCUGUGCCAGGGCCGCCUGUUUGUCCAGCUGCCCAGUUGCGCCCUGCCCGAGGGCUCGAGAGAGGCCUUUGUCACCCUGCUGGAGUUCGCUGAGGAGCAGCUCGGCUGCGACCACGUUCUCGUCUUCUUCUCCAAGGACCGUCCGGACAGGGCUAGCAUUGUGCGCACCUUCAUGUUUCUGGGCUUCACGACGCUGACGCCGGGCCAUCGCCUGGUGCCUCCGUCUGCCUCGGAAGGGGUGCUGUACAUGGCCUAUGCCAUCGAGUGAAGAGGAGGCGAACAACUGCUCCUGGCAAACCACUGCUGCGUCGAUAGAUUCUUUUUUUUUUUUUGUGGGGGAACAUCCAAGCAAGCGUAACAAGAGGUAAAAUAAAAAAUAAAAAAAAAUGUAACGGGGAAGGGGAUAGUUGGGGUGGGGGGGAAGGGAGGGGGGGGGGGGCCCCUUUCCAGAGACCGCACGCAAGAAAUUCCUUUCCACAAGCCAGGAGAUCCCAUUCGACAUCCACAAUUUGCCAUCCAAACUACUUUCGUUUUCCGACACGAGUAUGGCGGCAUUUCAGUUUCGUUUUCUAAAACUUCUUUUAAAAUUAAACUAAGCUUUUUUUUUUCUUCAUUUUUCCUAGAUGGAUAUUUUUGACUUGUAAAAAGUGUACACACUAAAAAAUUCCCGUUUUUUUUAGAGUUCGGGACCAAGCCUAGGUAGGGCUCGAAUGUUGCAUUAAUUCAGACAUUAGAGUAACCUGCCGGCGUAGUGUACCUUGCAGCCAGAAAAGCGUGCAAAUUUCGACCUGGUUCCUCGCUUGUGGGACGUUUAGCUUCCUCCUGUGCUAGUUAGCUGACUCGUCUGUCUUUGUGUAUCUAUACAUAUAUGCUACUUUUGAGACACACCAAAAAAAAAAAAUGUAAACAGUUUAUUGAAAACAAGUCCUUUUUCAUGUCAUCACCGAUUCAUAGUUAGUCCCUUGUCCCAUUUCAGUUUUGGCUCUAGCCUUUUCUCCUUCGGGUGUAUUUUUUUCCUCGGCUUUCUUUGAACAAUAUGCAACUUAUUUUUGUUUCUUUGGUGUUUCUAAGCAGUACAAAUAAACUCUUUCUCAAGAUUU